AUGGAGAUAAAGCCACUUCUACCCUCGACGUCCCUCCCUAUAGGUCUGGCAGCUCUCGUGCUCUUCCUGCCAAUUCUCGCUCACUUUCUUGCACCACAACUUCGCAAACUCAAAUCCGACAUACUCCUCCUCUAUGACAACGCCAUCCUUCAUCUCGAUAGAAAAGACCAUCAAACCUACGACAUCGUUGGGCUGCGAGUCUAUCCCAUCAAAUCAUGCCGUGGGUUCACAGUCUCCAAAACAACUGUGCGUCUGCACGGCCUCGACCUCGACCGUCAAUGGAUGUUCGUCGAUGCUGAGACAAAUAAAUUUGUGACUAUCCGGCACAACCCCCGCAUGACUUUAAUCAACACCGCCAUCAGUGACGAUGGACAGAAUCUGUUAAUCAGCGUCCCAGCUGGCGCCGCAAAAGAUGAUUGUAAUGCUGGUGGUGCCGAUGACGGUACCGUGAUCAAAAUUCCAGCGCGUCCCACAGCGGAAUGGCUCAAGCAAAACACAACGCUUGGGAACGUCGAAAUCUGGGGCUUGCAAACCGAUGGGCAUAUCUACGGACCGGAAGUAAACGAGGUUGUCUCUCGUUUUCUAGACCAGGCAGUCUACCUAGUCUACAAAGGGCCCACGCCGCGUAACCUACGUGGCAAUGGCAAUGAAGCGAAUCUCGGACGUCUGCAAUCGACGUACUUCCCAGACCAAAUGCCUAUCUUGAUUGCCUCCGAAUCGUCGAUUGCCGAGCUCAAUUCACGACUUGUGAAAAAGGGCGAGAAUACACUCACAAUUGAACGAUUCCGUCCUAAUAUCAUUAUUCAGGGCAAUGCUCCCUGGUCGGAGGAUAAGUGGAAAACCGUUCGGCUCUCAGAUCCCAAUAAGAAGAAUGGACAGAAAUCAAUCGUUGCCGAUAUUGUUUCUCGCUGCGGUCGCUGCCUGGUUCCCAAUGUCGAACCAAACACGGGGCAGAGACACAAGACCGAGCCAUGGAAUACGCUCUAUUCGUAUCGUCGCGUUGAUGAGGGAUACAAAACUAAGCCCUGUGUAGGCAUGCUGAGCUGCCCUAGACGUGAGGGUGAGGUUGAGGUGGGUAUGAAACUAGAAGUGCUGAGACAAACUGAUUCACAUCGGGCCAUUGCUGGGUUCUGA